UGUUCCCAUGAUUUGAUGUCCGGAUGAAUAGUCUCUUCCCUUUCAUCUUAAACCUCCUCCUAUAAAUUAAAAUGGAACUUAAUUUCCUUUAUCAAGGAAAUCUGAAAAGAAAAAAAACAUAAUAGCAUGAUAUUCUAAGUUCACUCUUUUUUCUUGCCUUUAUCUUUUUCUUCUACUAAUAUUCUUCCGUCUUCUUCAAAGCAAGAAUACAAGCUAUGAAUGCUUUCACUUCUACAUUAUUACCUUACCCCAAAACUCUCCGUUCUCCCAAUCGGACAUCUUCCUUUUCAUCAGUAAACACUAAAACAUCUUCAUAUACAUCUCCAAAAGCCACAGCAAAAAGUUCAUCAACUAAACAACAUAAUAAACCCCCAAGAAAACCCUUAUUAGAACCUUCAUUUCCCGAAGUUAUCUUGAAUGCAUGUGACGAUUUCAUCGACACUUUCAUUAAUCCUCCUCAUCAUCCUUCCGUUGAUCCAAAAUAUGUUCUCACUGCCAACUUUGCUCCUGUCGACGAACUUCCUCCAACAGAAUGCGAGGUGGUAAAAGGAAGCCUUCCACCGUAUCUUGAUGGCGCUUACAUUAGAAAUGGUUCAAAUCCGCAAUAUCUUCCUCGUGGACCUUUUCAUCUCUUUGAUGGUGAUGGAAUGCUUCACUCUACUAGAAUUUCUCAAGGUAAAGCCAUAUUUUGUAGCCGUUAUGUCAAAACUUACAAGUACUUGCUAGAAAAAGAAGCUGGGUUUUCAAUCAUUCCUAAUCUCUUCUCCGACUUUAAUAGCCGUAUUUCCUCUGUGACUCGUGGAGCAGUGUCUAUAGCUAGGACAAAAUUUGGUCAAUUCGAUCCAAGCAAUGGUAUUGACCUUGCAAAUACUAGCUUGGCUCUAUUUGGAGGCAAUUUAUUUGCUCUUUGUGAAUCUGAUCUUCCUUAUGGUAUAAAAUUAGCCCCAAACGGUGAUAUCAUACCAAUUGGUCGCCAUGAUUUUGAUGGAAAUCUUUUUAUGAAUAUGACAGCACAUCCCAAAAUUGAUCCAAACACUGGCGAGGCUUUUGCUUUUCGUUACGGUCCAAUAUCUCCAUUUUUAACUUAUUUUAGAAUUGACCCUAAUGGGACCAAAAGUCGUGAUGUACCAAUAUUUUCCAUGACACAUCCAUCUUUUGUUCAUGACUUUGCCAUCACAAAAAAUUAUGCCAUAUUUCCUGACAUACAAAUAGAAAUGAACCCUUGUGCCCUCCUUACCCGUGACUCACCGGUGGGUUACAACUCGAAAAAAGUGGCUCGCCUAAGGGUGAUUCCUCAUUACGCGAGGGAUGAGUCAGAAAUGAAGUGGUUCGAAGUGCCAGGGUUUAAUAUGAUAAAUGCAAUUAAUGCAUGGGAAGAAGAUGAUGGUGAUACAAUAGUAGUGAUUGCUCCGAACACAAUAUCAGUAGAGCACUUUGUGGAAAGAUUGGAUUUGAUCCAUGCAUCAAUUGAAAAAGUAAAGAUAGACUUGAAGACGAGGAUGGUAAGAAGAUAUCCAGUGUCGACGAGGAAUCUUGACUUGGCAAGUAUCAACCCGGCUUAUGUUGGGAAAAAGAACAAGUACGUACAGUUAAUAAUUUAUGAUUUAUAUUUCUUCCGGACCACAUUCAAGAGGAUGAACAUUCUUUUCAAUUACUCUUCACUGGUAAUAUAAUAUAUAUUUUUACAACUUCAGUGUACAUCCAUGUAAAGAAAAAGAAUUUAGCUUUUGUUCGCAGUAUCUAGUCUAGCUUUAUAAACUAUAAAGUUAAGUUGGCCUAUAGUAGGAAAUGUUCUCUCAAAUUUUAUUUAUAUCUGGUUAAGAUGUCUU